AUUGAAACCAACCCUAAGCUCUUUUUAUCUCCGCCCUAAAGGUAGCCCCGAUUAUUGCUGACUUAAGCAUCGGAGUGUCUAUCCCAAGUUCCACCUUGGGGCUUUGCAGGUCAUCCCAGAGUACAGGCGUGGGCUGAAGAAGGACUUCUGGUUUGGUGCAAUUACAUUGGCGCCGUCUGUGGGAAUCGAACUGAAAGCUUUUUAGUUGCUCUUUCAUCAUGGUUCACACUCGAUCGGUCCGAGCUGGUAAUUCAUCUCUACCUCAUGGGAAAGGUCAACCCCCCAACAACCUUCCACCUCUGAUUCCCCCCCAACUUACACCUCAGCUUCCACCUCAGGUCCCCAUUAUGUUCCCUCCUGUUGAUCAUGCUGAAGGAGGAGAUGAAAACCAACUCCAUGCCUCAGCUCACAAUUCCACUUCAACUGCCAACCAAGACGUAGUGGCAGCUCAGCUUGCUGCCAUGCAACAACAGUUCGGUGUUUUUCAGUUGGUAUUGGCUCAACUUUUAGCUAGAAACAAUCCUGGUGACCCCCUCAUUAAUCUACUGAACCCUGCUCAACAACCCCCAGCCCCACAACAGAAUCCUCAACUGGCUCAGCAUGCUCCCGCUAUUAGUGAAUCUCAGGGUCAAUCCCACAUCGCACCUGCUCAACAACCCAUCCCUGAUGAUGUCACUCGACGCCUCGAUAGCUUGGAAAAGCUAGUUGCUGAACACCGAGGUGCUCCACCCCCACACCAAACUGCUGACUCCAUACCUCACCCUCUGAAUACCAACAUUACAUUGGAACCUUAUCCUGCUGGCUUCAAAAUACCACAACUGGAGACUUAUGACGGGACAAAGGAUCCUGAUGAUCAUUUGCAUGCUUUCUACUCUUGCAUGCAAGCUCAGAACGCCUCUGACGCAUUAAUGUGCAAAAUCUUCCCCUCUACUCUCCGAGGUAAUGCCCGAACUUGGUAUUACAAUUUACCUCCGAGGUCAAUUAGCUCUUAUACAAAAAUGACAUCUGCCUUUGCCACUAAGUUUUCCAGUAGAAGGUUGAUUAGGAAAACUACUUCUGAGCUGAUGCGAGUUAAACAGAGGGAUGGAGAAUCUCUAAAGAACUAUAUGAGCAGGUUUAAUGAUGCAGUUUUAGAGGUUAGUUCCUUUGAUCAAGCUGUGGGAAUUGCAGCUGUAAUCUCCGGUCUCAAGCAUGACAGGUUCAGAGACAGUUUGAUCAAACAUGCUGCCACCACCUUUAGCGAGGUGAACGAUAGGUCUCUGAAAUUUAUAACUGCUGAGGAGUACGCCCUGGCGCAAAACCCACCUCCCACUAAGAACCAGCACCCAGAUUGGAGAGAUGACAAUCUGAGCAGGAAAAGGAUGAGGAUGGCGCAGAACCGAAGUCCGAUGUUGACCUCCCCAACGAGAUUAGGAAGGAUGAACUCAACACCCCCGCAACAAUCUGCAGGUAAACCUCCAGUUAAUUGGACUCCCUUUAAUCUGCCGAGGUCACAAAUUUUUAUGCAGAUCAAGAAUAAGAUGGAUUUAAGGCGUCCUGGCCCAAUGAAAACUACUGCUGCUAGUCGAGACCACACCAGAUAUUGUGAUUUUCAUCAAGAUCAUGGCCAUACUAUAGAGCAGUGCAAUAGCUUAAAAGAGAUUAAACAUCAAAACCGAGCUCAGAAACGGAAGAUUGACGAUGCUGAGUGGAAAAAUCAGCCCAUUACUUUCACAUCUGCUGAUCUCGAUACAGUUGUUACACCCCACAAUGAUCCUUUGGUCACUUUUGUCAUGAUUAAUAACUGUGAAGUACAGCGUGUCCUUGUUGACACCGAGAGUGCACCAGACAUCAUGUACUUCCACUGUUUCAAGAGUCUAGGACUGGAUCCAGCAUUGUUGCAGAAAUAUGAUGGUCCUAUCUAUGGCUUCAACAAUCAGCCUGUUCCGGUAGAAGGAGUUCUUACCCUCCAUGUGGCUUUUGGGAGUGGCAGGACCUAUGUGACUCAUUCAGUCCAAUUCCUCGUAGUCAAAAUGGCGUCCUCUUUCAACAUUGUUAUUGGCCGACCCACACUGACUGAAAUCCGAGCUGUGGUUUCCCAGUCUCACCUCUGUAUGAAGUUCCCAACUCCUAUGGGAAUAGCAACACUACGAGGAAACCAGGAGGUGGCCAGACAUUGUUAUAUCACCUCCGUAACACAACCUAUGAAGGGCAAAGAUCCGACACCCGAGGCCAUUCCCCAACCAAUUUCUGAUAAUCAACAAGUUAUGGGCAUUGAGAUCGUCGAUAAUCGCCCGAAAGAUGAAACCAAAGCUGCUCCGGUCGAAGAUGUUGAAGAGGAACGAGCAGAGUUAAUAGCCUUUCUCCGAGCUAAUAAUGAUGUAUUCGCAUGGACUUCGGCCGAUAUGCCAGGAAUUCCGAAAUCAGUAUUCCAACACAAGCUUAGCACCAAUCCAUUGAAGAAACCAGUGGCCCAAAAGCGACGUCUCUUCAGGGGGGAGAGGCUUCAGGUUAUUAAAGAAGAGGUAGAGAAACUUCUACAAGCUGGUUUCGUCAGGAAAGUUGAUUACUGCGAAUGGGUGGCUAACCCAGUCCUGGUGAAGAAGGCAAACGUUGAAGCAGCUUCAGGCAAUGAGAGGUUAAGCCUCUUGGAUGCAUAUUCUGGGUAUCACCAGGUGCCGAUGGCUCCCGAAGACGAAGAGAAAAUCUCGUUCUAUACUGGCGAUGAAAUCUAUUGCUAUGUCAUGAUGCCGUUUGGCUUAAAGAACGCUGGUGCUACUUAUCAGAAAAUGGUGACCAUCGUCUUCCGAGCUCAGAUUGGCAAGAAUCUGGAGGUGUAUAUCGAUGACAUCGUAGUAAAGAGCCGAAAAGCAGAAGACCAUCUAGCUGAUCUCGACGAAACCUUCAACAACCUCAGAAAGAACAGGAUGCGGUUGAACCCAGCCAAAUGCAUCUUCGGAGUGGAGUCCGGAAAGUUUCUAGGUUUCAUGGUGUCUCGAAGAGGGAUUGAGCUCAAUCCAGAGAAGAUCAGAGCCAUUGCCGAUAUGGAACCGCCGAAAUCAGUAAAAGAUAUACAGAGAUUGACUGGAAGAGUGGCAGCUCUUCAUCGAUUCAUAUCGAAGUCAGCAGAUAAGUGCCUGCCAUUCUUCAAGAUUAUGAGGUCGGCCGCCCAAAAGGAUGAAUCAGGAAAACAGAAGAAAUUUGAAUGGAUUCAGGAGUGCCAAACUACAUUCGACGAGCUGAAGUCUUAUCUUAGCUCGCCACCUCUACUGACUAAGGCCAUCGAUGGGGAAAUUCUUUAUUUGUAUCUAGGAAUUUCAGAUGAAGCCAUUAGUUCGGUUUUGACCUUAUAUGUUGACGGGGCAUCUAGCAGCAAAGGUUCAAGAGCGGGUGCUCUCUUGAUUGGCCCAGAGGGUUAUCGAAGCGAACAUGCUUUGAAAUUCAACUUUGAUGCGACAAAUAACAUGGCUGAAUAUGAAGCUCUGCUACUUGGCCUACAGCUAGCAUUAGAGUUAAAAAUCAAUGUAAUUCAAGUAUACAAUGACUCCCAAUUGGUAGUAAACCAAAUCAACUCAAUCUGCGAAGUUAUUGAUCCUGUGAUGGUGAAAUAUGCAGUCUUGGUGGCCGAGCUAAAAUGCAAAUUCCAAAAAUUUUGUUUGAGCAAAAUCCCCCAAACUGAGAAUGAACAGGCAGAUUCACUCUCCAAGUUUGCCUCUGAUAGCUCUUUAAGUUCCAGAUCUGUUUUUGUCGAGGUCCUAGAUGAACCAAGCUUCAUGAAGCCUCGGGUGCACGAAGGUGUCUGUGGAAGUCAUGUCGGUGCUAAGACUCUGGCUCACAAAGUCUUAAGGCAAGGAUAUUACUGGCUAAACAUGCAUAAAGAUGCCAGUUACUUUGUUCAGAAAUGCUCGAAAUGUCAAUUCUUUGCACAUCUGACUCAUCAACCAGCAGAGGAGCUCACGAACUUGGUAGCACCAUGGCCAUUUGCUCAGUGGGGACUGGAUCUUUUAGGCCCGUUCAUGAAAGGGGUCGGUGGUGUAACCCAUCUGGUUGUUGGUGUGGAUUAUUUUACAAAAUGGGUUGAAGCUCGGCAUUUAUCUAGUCUUACUUCCAAGAAGGUCGAAGAUUUUGUUUUCAGCUCGAUUAUCUGCAGAUAUGGGAUCCCAAAUCAGAUUGUGAUCGAUAAUGGAACUCAAUUCAAUUGCUCCUCAUUCCGAGAUUUCUGUUCCAGUUAUGGGAUCAAGUUACAAUUCACCUCCAUUUAUCAUCUGGAGUCCAAUGGUAUGGUUGAAUCUGUUAACAAAUGCAUUUUGGAAGGUAUAAGGCCGAGAUUGGAACAGCAUAAGGCCAAGUGGGCAGACGAGCUCAACAACGUCCUUUGGGCAUACAGAACCACGAGCCGAACUGCCACAGGUGAAACACCCUACCACUUGGCCUUUGGUACCGAAGCAGUCAUUCCUGUUGAAAUAGGAGUCCCAAGCUUCCGGGUCACCCAUUUCGAUGAAGGACGAAAUGGACAACUGCUUCGGGAAAACCUUGAUCUGCUUGGGGAAAACCUUGAUCUGCUUGCUGAAGUCAGAGAAGAAGCUCGGCUUCGAACUCUUGUAUAUAAGCAGAAACUAGCCAACUUCUACAAUAAACGGGUCCGCCCUCGAACAUUCAAAGUAGGAGACCUUGUUCUCAGAAAAGCUGACCUAACAGGAUUUGAAACUCGUUUUGGCAAACUCGCCCCGAAUUGGGAGGGCCCUUAUGCCGUGGCCAAGGUGCCACAUCCUGGUGCCUAUGUCCUCCAAGACGCUGAAGGAAAGAAAGUUCCUCGAGUCUGGAAUGUCAAUAACUUGAAGAAAUUUUACCCCUAAUAAAAUUCUUUCAAGUGAUCUAUGUUUUACUGUUCUUUACGCUUAUCACUUCGUGUUUGUUAAGAUUCAAUUUACUUCUUAUUCUAUGUACCCGAGGUCAAUUAGUUCUUUCAUUCCUUAAAACUUCACCUCUGAUUAAUAAAUGUCACUUCAUUUA